AUGUCUUUCUACGACAAUCGCUACUAUUAUAUCAAUAAAACGUUACUGUCUCUCAUCGGCCAAUGGCCAUUUCAAUCUCGACUGGAGGGCAACGUAAUGCUCGUCAUUACGUUGUUUUUCAUUUGCAGUUUGUCGUGCUUAGAGCUUUGGGGUUUAAUUGCUGGGAUAAGGGAUCUGAGCAUUAUCAUGGAGAAUGCUUCGCCAUUGUUAAUAAACAGUAUAAUUAUCAUGAAGUUAAUCAACUGUUUAUAUAAUAAAAAUAAAAUGAAAGAUCUUUUGGAGCAUAUCGAAGAGACCUGGAAAAGGACACAAGUAGGACCGAAGAAUAAAAUAUUACAAAAUUAUGCAGAACAAAGCAGAACAUUAAUAAUAAGAUAUACAUUUGUACUUUGUAUAUUGGGUUUUUCUUACACCACGAUGCCCGUUAUCAUCAGUGGGUUGUACUCGCUUUUACCUACGAACGAAACUUACACGGCCAGGUAUUUAUUCCGCUUGGAACACGUUCUCGAUGUGAACAAGUACUUCAACCUAUUGAUGCUUCAUGGAUUCGUCGGUGUUUUCUGCAUAGUGUUGGUGUGGCUAGCUGCUGAUGGUAUGUUCAUACUUUGCACGCAGCAUGUCUGCGCAUUAUUCGAGGGUAUACGAUACAAUAUGGAGAGCAUACGAGGCUCGAGUUUAGUGGUGGUCGAGCCGAAUAUAGCGAACGAUGAAGCUUAUCACGUCAUAAUUGGUUGCAUUAAAACGUACAAACACGCCUUAAAAUUUUCCGAGCUGCUCGCAUCCACCUACGCAACGUAUUUUUUUUUUCUGCUGGGAAAUGUAGUGCUAGCUGGAAGCUUUUCCGCGGCUGAGUUGAUAAUGGUGGAUAUUCAAUUGGAUGAAGUUAUUAGAAUCGUCUCUUGUAAUAUCGCAUUAUCGCUACAUAUAUUUUACCUAAGCCUGAUGUGUCAACAAAUGAUCGAUCAUAGCAACGGAUUUCAUGGAGUAAUUUACAGCUGCAACUGGUACAAUAUUUCACUGAGAUCCAAAAAGCUAUUAAGAUUUACGUUAUUGCGAGCUUCAAAACCAUGCCAAAUAAAAGCUGGUAAAAUGUACGUAAUGUCAAUGGAGAAUUUCAGCUCGGUUUUACAAGUCUCCAUGUCUUAUAUCGCGAUGCUUACGUCAUUACAAUAA